UUGGCGACAUACGUCAUUUAGCUUUUGAAAUAUUGACUGUGCAGUUUUGUGAAGAGUUAAUUCGAAAUUCUAAAUAUGUACUGCAUAAUAGCACUCAUUUUAAGCGGUAUUUCUACGCUAUUGGACAUUGUUGGCCUAGCAAUACCUUACUGGUAUCAUGGAAAUGUCAAUGGAGUAAGCGUAUAUUUUGGACUUUGGACACCUGCGGGGCGGGAAUGUGUGCCAGCUAUGCAGAAGAUGGUAUUCGUGCCAACAGCUAUCAGUGCUACACGUGCGCUUGAGAUUUUGGGCAUGCUGUUACUUAUGGCAACCUUUGUAUCAGCUGUGUUAAAGCAAUUCGUGAUGAAAGAUAAAUUAUUUUUAACCAAAAUCGGAGCAGCCUGUGCAAUAUUAGGAGUUAUGGUUCAUUGUAUGCUCAAUUAGUAGGUAGGUUCAUUGUAUGCUCAAUUAGGAGGUAGGUUCAUUGUAUGCCCAAUUAGGAGGUAGGUUCAUUGUAUGCCCAAUUAGGAGGUAGGUUCAUUGUAUGUCCAAUUAGGAGGUAGGUUCAUUGUAUGCCCAAUUAGGAGGUAGGUUCAUUGUAUGCUCAAUUAGGAGGUAGGUUCAU